AUGGAUCAUCACAACUACAACAACCAAAUCAACAAUUCUAAUUAUUAUCCCACUCCAACUCCAUAUCCUCCUCCUCCUCGUCCUACUCCUAGUGCUCCUCCUGAGGAGUCUGUAUUUCCAACCCUUGCUCAUGGUGGUGCUUUGGCUUCAUCACCAUUAGUCAGUGGUCAUCACGGCCACCACGGAGGACAUUAUCCUCCCACUGGUUGUCUCAUUCAAAAUUAUGCUGGUGCUUAUCCUCCUCCUACAGCUCCUGUCGAGUCUGAGGUCGAAGGAAUAUAUUCAACCCUUACUCACGGUGGUGCUACGGGAGCAUUUGUUAGUGGUCAUAUUCACAGUCACUAUGGACAUUAUUAUCCUCCCACUGGUUGUCCGACAGGAAAUUCUGGUGCUCCUCCAGCUGCAUAUCCUCCUCCUAAUGCUCCUGGAGCGUCUGAUGACAAAGGAAAAUGUUUAACCCGCGACCAACAUGGUGGUGGUAGUCAUGAACAUUGUCCACCACCACCUCCCAGGGACUAUCCAAGGACCAAGUAUCCUCUUCAUGGUGAUCACGGGGAUAGGAGUAGCACUGAUGUCUGUAAUAGAGUGUUACUAACAAAUGACGAUGUUUUGGGUGAUGCCAUACCUGAACAACAACAAAAUUUCCUUAGACGUUGGUGUAAUGUGCUUCUAAAACGAUGCGCAGGGACGAACUUUCCAGGAUCACAUCCAGUCUCUCUCGACUGGGAGAACUUUCAGUUUUUAUGGCAGACUGAUUACCGCGUGACAUGGAAAGCUGAUGGUACACGAUACUUGAUGCUGAUAAACUCCGAUGGAUGUUACUUGAUAGACAGGAAGUUCAAUUUCCGCGGAGUUCAAAUGCGGUUUCCCUUGACACAAGAGAAUGGGCGGGGUACUACUCAUGACUUGACAUUACUUGAUGGUGAGAUGGUGAUAGACACGGACCCGGAGACAAAUGAACAAAAGAGAAAAUACUUAGCGUUUGAUCUUAUGGCCAUUAAUGGUAAAUCUGUCACCGAGUGUCCUUUUGGUGAAAGGUGGAAGAUGUUAGACGAACAAGUUAUCGGACCUCGAAAACUUGAGAGCCAAAGUGGUACAAAUACUUAUCGUCGCAGAUAUGACUUGGAGCCGUUUAGCGUUGAAAUAAAGAACUUCUGGUUGCUGUCCGACCUUAACGACCUUGUAAAGGAUUUCAUUCCAAGUCUAUUACAUAGUGAAGAUGGUCUUAUAUUCCAAGGAUGGAAUGACAAGUAUAUUCCUUCUACUAAUCAAAGGCUGUUAAAGUGGAAACCUCGUGAAAAGAACUCGGUGGAUUUCCUCCUGCUAGUUGGUAUUAGAAUAACUCCAUCACUUUAUCUGUACGACAGUGGAAGGAAGAGGUGUAUGUACAGGUAUGGUGUUAAGUUCAGGAACGGAGAAGAUCCAUCACAAUUCUCAGGGAAAGUUAUCGAGUGCUCUUGUCCUGAGAAAAAUGUUUGGAGUUUUAUGCGUGUCAGGGAUGACAAGGAGGGAACCCCAAAUUCAUACCAGACAUACGAAAAGGUGAUGAAGAGCAUAAACGAUAACAUAACCGAAGAGGUUCUGUUAGAUGGGAUUCAAAAAAUUGUCCAGUCUACUGCAUUCGGAUCCAUGGGAGCAUGUAUUCGUAAAUGA